GUCAGUCGCGGACCUCUUUUGAACGCUCUCGAUGGUGAUCCAAAUAUCUGUCAUCAGUCACGACUGCACGACAAUUGGUCUAAACUUGUAGCUCACGCAGGUACAGGCUCCUGCUGCCAGCCAGUCUUUCCCGAUGUCCAAGUACAAAGUCUUUGUGAUGAGGCAUGGAGAAGGGGCCUGGACCAAAGAGAACCGCUUCUGCAGCUGGGUGGACCAGAGGCUGAGUGAGGAUGGGGUAAAGGAGGCCCUAGCAUGCGGUCACCUCCUAAGAGAGGCAGGCUACCACUUGGAUGUGGUCUUCACAUCCCUGCUUAGCCGCUCCAUCCACACAGCCUGGCUGCUACUAGAGGCCAUGGGGCAGGAGUGGGUCCCAGUGGUGAAAUCGUGGAGGCUGAAUGAGCGCCAUUAUGGUGCUCUGAUCGGGCUCAACCGUGCCGAGAUGGCCCUAAACCACGGCGAGGAGCAGGUGAAACAGUGGAGGAGGAGUUACGACCUCACGCCGCCGCCUAUCGACAAAUCACACCCUUACUUUUUGGAGAUCUACAACGACCGGCGGUAUUCUACUUGCGAUAUUUCUAAAGAGGAUCUCCCUAAGUCGGAGAGCCUGAAGGAUGUCUUAGAGAGGCUCCAGCCAUACUGGGAUGGCACCAUUGUGCCAGAGAUCAAACAGGGGAAAUCGGUGCUCAUCUCUGGGCAUGGGAAUAGCUGCAGGGCACUGCUGAAACACUUACAAGGGAUAUCAGAUGCUGAUAUCGUCAACGUGACGUUACCCACAGGAACGCCCAUUCUGAUUGAGCUGGAUGAGAACUUCCGGCCCACCAAACCCAUGCAGCUCCUGGGAGACCAGGACGCCAUCCAGGCAGCCAUCAGGAAGGUGGAGGAUCAGGGGAAGGUCAAACAAACACCAUGAUUGGCCUGAAUCUAGUCAACUGGAUUCUAGUCAUUCUAGAUUCAAAAAUCUAGCCAACUGAAUUAUAUUCAUUAUACAUACUAGUGAUUUGUAGAAUCUAAUCAACUGUAUUCUAGUCAUUCUGGAGUAUAUUCUAGAAUCUAGUCAACUGGCUGUAAGACUAAUAUACGAAUUUGCCCAAGCCUGGGCUAGCACUUAUUUAGUUGCCUGUUAUGCACCAUUAAUCAGAUUCACUCAAAGCUGAAUUCUUGAUUUAAUUAAAUCAAUAUUAAGUACAUGCUAUUGUAGUCAGUAAGUCUCAGUGAACUGACUGUAUAAUCGUGGUAUGAACUUAACCCAGGCUACCCUAUUGGGUGCAACAAGGAAACAAAAUAAUAUUGUUCAUACAGAAAUAAGUGGUGUGCUGAAGGGAGUUACAUUAAACAGGCAUAUUUAUCAUUAACAAGCAUAUUUGGCAAUAGGCUGACUAAGCGUGUAUUGAGGCAUUUUGCCAUUAAAGGAAUAGCAGCACGUGAAACGAUCAAAUGUUCCUUUAAAAAAAAAAAAACAUUUUCAAACCUCUGUCACGUGCCUUCACUGCCAUUAUUCUCAAUUUCUGUAGGAUUUUGCGAUGCAAUUUUGUUAGUUCUUAAGUGUAAGUGAAUUAUGACUGACAGAAUCUAGCAGUAGAAUAUGAACCAGCACUAACAGGUACAAAUUGUUAUUUAUCAAGAAACUUUAAAAGCACUUCAUAACAAGUAUUACCUCAUUGAGACUGACAGUCAGGCUAUUCAUUCCAAGACCGGUCGGUGGAUUGUGUGAUCAAAGCUUCUUUUAGUACAUUAAUGCUGUAAAUGUGUUGUUGAAAAAGAUUAUUCAAACUUGAUAAGAACAUGUCCGCUCAUAUGCUACAUGCUAGUUUAAGAGAAGUUCAUAUGAAAUAACUGUAGUGCUCAUGCGGUUAAUCAUAAAAUGCCUACAUUGACAUGCUGAUUUAUGACUUGCAGUAUAUUGCGGUAUAAUUUGACACAAAAACUUCUCUUGUUUCAAUUUGUGACCCACCACCUGGCUUCGGUCUUAUGUAGCAAAAUUUGAAAUUGUAUUUUUUACAUUGGAUGAAAGUAGAGACUCAAAGCUAGAAAAUGGUAUUUGAUACACUGCAGUUGAGGAACAAUGGAAAAUUAAUUCUGCUUUGAAUGUUGAUAAACUUGUAACCCCAUUUUGUUGAGAAAAUGGCCCUUAAAUGUUUUGGUACACCUACUGGAGAGCUCUUCUUUGUCUACACCCAUUCAACAUCGUUCACACCCUCUUCACACCAAAUUCAUUAACAGCCAAUCGUAUCCAUUUAUUGUUGCUUUUUUUUAUCCAAAAGAUUCAAGUCAUUCAUUUGUAAACUUGGAAAAGAGGGAACAACCUCAUAAUAUAACAAAGUGUUCUUAAUAAGUCCCAAGUAAAGGAAGUGAAAUUGCUUUGCAAAUUCUCUCUUGAGUAAUAUUAACCUGAAAUUUACCAAUGUACUCAUCGAACGGCAAAAACUCCCCAGUGUCGUCUACCAAAUCACAUACAAAAUGUCAAACCAAAGGCCUUUGAAAAUGGAUUUCCUAUUAAUUUUAAUAACUCUAUUAUUCCAAAUCAAUGUUUUGAGGGGGGAAAAUUGUGCUUGAAUAUCAUUUUCCAGAAAAACAACAUUAGCUGGUGAAACUUAGACAAUUUCACAGGUAAUUUUGGAGGGUCAGAAUCACAUUUCUUUAGGAAUUCAAGUCCACCAAGUUUAUUAAACAGACUGUUAGGGAUAUGAUACCACAGAGGUAGGAUUAGACAGACAUAUCAACCAUUUAAUUCUAAAAGCAACCAUUAACGAAUCAAAAUCAAUACCCUGUAAACCUCCACGAUCAUACUAAUUGUGAUUUCUGAAUAUAAUGAUUUAUUCCUCCAAACAAAUCUAAAUAUAACAGAAUUUACUUUUUAAAAAUGUUAUUAGAAGAAAUAAAAAGGGACUGACUUGGGUAAAUGGUUCUAGAUAAACCAUCGGUCUUGGACAAAAGAAUACGACCCAAGAUUGAGAUAUCACAUUGCUGCCACGGACUUAAUGAAACUCUCAUGGAAUGAAUCCUAUUAUCGAUGUUUAAAGAUUCUCUAUCUGAAACGUUUUUAGUGAUAACAAUUCCUAAAUAUUUAACUUCCUUUUUAACAGGCAAUGUUGACUGAGUCACAGCAAAUAAUUGGCAUGAGAUCACAUUUGUUAAGGUUGGGAGUCGACCCAGAGGCCAUAGAAAAUGUCUUGAUUCUGUCAAUAGCCAAGGGAAUAGACGCUCUAUCCUUUAGGAAAAGGGCAGUAUCAUCUGCAAAUGGACUGAUAUUUAUAUCUUUACCAAAAAUACGGAUCCAUUUUAAUUUCUCAGAUUUGUUUAGAAAUAUGGCUAGUAGAUCUGUGGCUAAAAUAAAGAGAUUGGACAACCCUGUCUAAUUCCUCUAGCAAUAGAGAAACAAGGGGAUGUACCAUUACUAAUAGCCAGCGAACUGCUAUUAUCAUUAUAUUGUACAUUAUCCUUAUCACUUAACAGAAAUCCUCCCAAAACCCAAAAGUAGAUAGUUCUAAGUUAAAAGUUGUUCGAAAGUGCCAAAAGCAUUUUUAAAAAUCUAAAAACAAUAUAAAUCUAGGUGAAGAGAGUCCUUCUUUGGUUUGGGUAUAAGAACUAUUACUCCCUGUCACAAAGGAGGUGAUAAGAUGGCAUUAGCAAUACCCUCUUUGUAGCCCGAAAGCAAUAACUCUCUAAAUCACGCCAAAAAUGUUGAUAGAAUUCAGGAGUCAUGCUAUCCGGUCCAGGAGAUUUACCUAUAGGCAUUUGUUUAAUGGUUUAGUCCAACAAAGUAAUAUCUAUAUCAGAAUCACAGAGUUUCUUCUAUAGGGUUAACAGAGUUAUGAACUGAAUCAAAAAAGGAAUUCAAGUUGCCUUCUGAAAGAUGAGAUUGAUAUAGUGAAGUGUAGAAAGAGUAUCUUCUUAUGAAUCACUUCACGAUCAACAGAUAGUGUCAUUUACAUAAAUGGGUGUAAUACUAUUCCUAGUCUGCCUACUCUUCUCCAAAUGAAAGAAAUAAGAUGUGUUUUUUUCACCUUUUUCAAUCCAUUUGGCCUUUGAACAGAUGAAGGCACCCUGUUCCUUUUUCAUCUUAAUUUAAAUCAAGUUUAUUGCUCAGCCUGUUAAUAUCAACAUCUGCUUGGAUAAUCUUUUCUUAGCAUUUUACCAGUAGUGAUGGCAAGACAUUGAUUUCUGAAUGUAAUAAUUUCCCAUUUGUUAGUAGAAGAACGAGCAGGAUCGAGACAGGUCCCUCUGAUAAGAGCUUUAGACUGUAAACAAAAUGGCUCAUUCUUUAAAAGAAAAGAUGCUUUUGAAAAUCUCUUGUCAUUAUCAAAAGGAAAGAAUAAUGGAACAAUGGCCUGUCAGAGGAUCUGAGGAAAUACUACAUUCACUGACAAGAUUCAUAAGAUUGGAAGAUACCAACCAAUGAUCAAUUCUAGAUUUGAAUUGUCUGUCGCUAGUUAUAGAGUUGAACCAAGAACAAUGUUCUAAAGUUGGAUUCUGUGAACGCCAAAUGUCAGAAAGUUGAAAGUUGGGAGCAGAAAUGUAGAAUUAAGUUAUUAAAACAAUGGGCUGAAUGCCUGGUGGGAUACUUGUCCAUCCAGUCACGAGGAGCAACAUUAUAAUCGCCUCCAGCGAUAAUGUUAUCUGUGGAAUAUUUGUUUUUCAAUUCAAUUAAGACUUCACUAAUAGAUGUUAGAAGAAUGACUAUGUUAUAACCAUAAAUAUUUACCAAUAUGUAACAUGACCCUUUUUUAUAUUCGAAAACAUUAGUUAUCCAGUGACCCUCAGCAUCACACCUGCUUUCUUAAACUGUACCUGGAAACUGUCUGAAAAGUAUUCCCACACCAGCAGAAUGAGAUGAGCCAAGGCUAAAAAUGAUCUCGUCACCCCAUUGUGAAGUCCAAAAUUUGAAGUCGGCAUCUGAGGAACGUGUCUCUUGAAAUUUUUUUUUUUUUUUUUUGACUUUUUAAUGAAUCUUUACAAAAACAAAAAUUGCCUUUGGUACGUAAACCCCUGGUGUUCAAUUGGUACGUAAACCCCUGGUGUUCAAUUGGUACGUAAACCCCUGGUGUUCAAUUGGUACGUAAACCCCUGGUGUUCAAUUGGUACGUAAACCCCAGGUGUUCAAUUGGUACGUAAACCCCUGGUGUUCAAGAAUAAAAAGCAAAGAAAUGUUGACAAGCAGAGUAUCCGAGAGAGUUGUCUAGAAUAAACAAGGGACCCUGAAUAUAGCAUAAGCCCUUCAAAAAUGUACUUGACGAACAGUAACGACCAUAAAAGGAAAAUAAAUGGAUAGACCGUGUAAUAACACAUGAUAUAUUAAUAGUUUAGAUCUUCAAUUAAACUCUCAAACGUAAAAUAAAAACAUCUGACAGCUAAUCAUCGCCAUAUGAAAAAUAAAUGGAGAUUUACUUGCAUAAUAUCAAUCUUGAAACCAAAUGAAAUGACUAAAAGCUAACUGAUUUCUUAGUAUGCCAUCAAAUGAGAAUCAAAAAUCAGUGUGCUUACGUUGGUUAAUGUUCACAUUCAAAACUCGCCACUACGGACAGUAUGGCCCUAUGCAAUAUCACCUAUAUGCGGUGUUCAGAUAAACGAUUGGAUGAAUAAACUCACCAGUUGAAACGGUAUAUGGCUUCAUUAGCCUUCUACUGUAUAAGCAGGCCAACUCAUGAAGCAUAAAUCAGUCACACGUGGCUCCACCCUGCGGUCGUCAAUGGCAGAAAACCCCUCGCGAAAGGAGGCUUUUUUUUCUCCCUGCAUCUUGCCCCAUCGACUUGUGGCCACAGCUUCGCAUGGGCAUCCCUGUCGCGCUUGCUGAAAUCUUCUGCAAAGCGAGUGCCUUUCUCCCUGAAGAUCGGCGCAAGUUUGGCAGCUCUCCACACCUCGUCUCUCACGUUCCUCAACGCAAACAUCAUGAUGACCUUGUCUGUGUCUGUUCAUCUCCUUUCUCUUAUCUCCCCGAGACGGUGUACAACAUCUACAGCGAUGUUCGGGAUAGCAGGGGGAUAUGGAACAACCUUCCCAAUAUUGUCAAUCACAAUCCCUCUGAUAUUCUCACCAUCAGUUUCAGGGAGCAUGUUCAGUCUCAGCCCCCAUCGGCGCUUGUAUUGGUCCUGUUCAUCACUAGCUGUGCGCAGCUCCUCGUUUUCUUUUGUCAGGGCAUCAACUUUAUUUUUCAACAGUUUCACAUCAGUGGUAAUAUCCUUAAUGCCUGCUGCAUUAAACUCUGUAGUUUUGUGGGGUUUCGAAGGGGUUAUUUGGACACCUGUACCGAAGACUAAUUCCUCCAACCUCGGUACCGUUAAUUCUGGGAGAGUGUCAGAAUCUUCCAUAUGGAUGACAGUUACGACAGCUCCCUCUACAUUUUUGCUAGCUUCCAUCUCAGCUAAUGUUACUAGCUAGCUAGUCUUGGCUGAACUUGCUUGAAGUAUAACAAAGUGAUGUUCGGUAAACCAAAAAAAAGACAGCAAAAAUUCAGAGCAUCAAUGUUGUUGAGAAAUGUAGCAAAACUUUUGUAGUUCUCGAUUGAUAAUGUUGUCUUACACUGCGGUAGACAGGACUAUCAAGACAUACUGAGCAGCUCACGUUAUAGACAGAAGCAUGCUACAUGGCAGACCAAUCCAAACUCAUCUCCCGGCAUGUCCAGCCAGUGUUACCUUAAAAGUAAAAGUACUCUUAACAUAGUUUAGGUUAUGUGAACAGCAUUGCAUUUUCAAUUGAAUACAGUGCUAUUAAAGAUAUUUUACAUUUGUACAUUAUUUGGAUACUAGUAUUCAGGGCCGGUCCUGGCCGUUCUGGCACCCUAGGCGAAACAAAAAUUGGCCGCCACUACAAGAAUAAUCCCAGUAAGCAACAUUAAGUUGAAAAAAACGUCUAAAAUAAGUAUUUUUCAAGACGUUGAAGUUGGGUUCAAUUUAAGCUCUGAAUGAAAGUUUAAAAUAGGUAUUUUAUGGAUGUUUAAAAUCAGGUACAUUUUUGGUUCUGAAUGAAAGUUGAAAAUAUGUCCAGAGCGGAAAAAAUCGGAGCCAAACAUAGACCAAAAAGUCAACUUUGACAUUGUGUGUAGGCCAGUGACAGAAAAAUCUAAAUUCAAUACAUUUCGAAUUCAGACUAACUCAACAAAAUGUGGAAAAAUUCAAGGGGUGUGAAUACUUUCUGAAGGCGCAUUGUUUGUGGCGCAUUGAAGGUGCAUUUACUGUGAUGUUUUUUGUUUGUUUGUUUUUUACACAGUGAAGAUACUUUGUUACUUUAUGUUUGUGUGUCUCAUUUUGUAUUGUACGUCUGUCUGUCUGAUAUUUUUUUGAACCUUCUGUCCAUCUGUCAUAAUAACCAUCGUAUUUGUUGUUGUGGUCUUCAGGUCAUUAGGGAAAUGAUGACUAAUAUUAUUAGUUCAUCACUAGAACCGUAAAUGUGUAAAUAUAUUGAUACUACUAAAUACUGUAGUCAUGUCCUGUAAUAUUUUCUGUAAUGUAUUAUCCCCACGGUUAUACUAAAUGUUCAGUGACGACAUUAAGUAUUAAACUUAGUUUGAAAACUUGA